AUGGUUCCACCUCUUAUGUUGUUAUGCAAGUAUGGUGAUCGUACCAUUAUGUUCAAGGUUAUGUCAAACUGCACGUUAAAGGAUUUAACUGAUUUCUUAAGUUGUAAAUUGAAGAAGUUUGACAAUAGUGGUUGCAUACUGUUAUCGUGCUGUUUGCCUGGACAUUCGCAAUGCAUGAUUGAUGAUGAUUCUGAUUUUCAGAAUAUGUUGUCGCUUGUUUAUCCCCUUGGUGUUGACCGGGUUGAUGUGACUAUUACUGAAAUGGGCAUUUCAAAUGAAAAACAUGGAGUUGGAGAAUCAGGGGACGCUAUUGGAUCUAACAUUACUGAUGAUGAAAUGGAUUUACUCCAUAUGUUUUGUCAACAUGAAGAAAGGACUUUGUUGUCUUGUGGAUGGGUGAAUGGAAUUACUCAUGUAGGUCAAAGAUUUAUUGGAGGUGCAAAGGAUUUUCGGACUGCAUUAUGUAAAUAUGCCAUUGAGAUAGGAUUUGAGUUUGUGUAUGUGAAGAAUGAGAAGUGUCGGGUCACUGCUGUGUGUUCAAUGCGGGAGUCAAAAGCUUGUUUAUGGCGAGUACAUGCAUCUCUGGAAAGUGCUAAUAAUUUUUUCUACAUUAGGACUCUACAUGAUGAGCAUACUUGUGGAGCUGCAGUUCGUACUUCUAAAAACUCAAGGAUGAGUUCAAAUUUGGUUGCAAGUUUGAUUGUUAAUGAAGUUCGUAGGAAUCCCCAAACUCGUCCAAUUGAUGUUGUGCGUCAAUUUACAGAUCAAUACGGGCUCACCAUUAUGUACAAUCACGCUUGGUUGGGAGUUGAGAAAGCUAGGACUACUACUUUUGGAGAUUUCUCUAUGUCUUAUGAUGAGAUUCGGUGGUAUAUGGAUAUUGUGAUGAGCACAAAUCCUGGUAGCUAUUUGCGUCUUGACUAUAACCAUCAAAGUGGACGGUUCAAGAGGUUUUUUGUUGCAUUUAAUGCUUCCAUUCAAGGGUUUAGGCAUUGUCGUCCUCUAUUGUUUAUCGAUGGAACUUUUCUGAAGGGGAAAUAUAAGGGCACCUUGUUAAUAGCUACAGCGAAUGAUGGGGAUCACGGUUUUUUCCCGCUUGCAACGGCAAUUGUCGAUACAGAGACUACAGACAGUUGGGAAUGGUUUUUUAUGCAUUUGUCGAAUAUAUUGUUGGAUGAAAGACCAAUUACCUUCAUAUCUGAUCGGAACGCUGGACUUUUGGAGGCUUUACCCAAGUUUUUACCUACUGCUUACCACUAUUUUUGUCUCCAACACUUGAAGGCCAAUUUGAGGGAUAGGUUCUCUAGUCCAAGUUUCAGCAAUACUUUCAGGAGUAGAAUAGUUUUUUUGUUUUCUUUGUGUGCUUACGCUCCGACAGUGGGAUGUUUUAAUCAGUGCUUGAAAGAAUUACAAGAUAAGGGAAAAGGGAUCGUUUGUGGGUUUCUAUCCAAUUUGCCCUAUGACAAGUGGACUAAUGCAUAUUUUAAAGGACAAAAAUACGGUGAAAUGCACUCGAAUGUGGCAGAGUCUUUCAAUUCAUGGAUCCGUCAAGCUCGUCAUUUGCCCACUACAAAGAUGAUUGAUUCAAUUAGGUUGAAGAUCAUGGAUUUGAUGUCGAGAAGGAGAGAACAAGCUAAGAAAUGGAAUACUUUUCUUUGUCCGGAGAUGGAUUCAACAUUAGUAAAUGCUCUUAAAAGUGGAAGAACUUGGUUGGUUAGUCGUUCAAGUGAUCACGUUUUUGAGGUUCAAUCCCGGCCAUCGGUUAGCGUUGACCUCUUGAAUAGAACUUGCUCAUGUUACCAAUGGCAAUUGAAUGGAUUUCUUUGUGCUCAUGCGGCGACUGCUAUCCAAAAGAGCCGAGGUGAUUUGUAUACACAUGUGGAACCAUUUUAUUACACUAGCAAGUUCAAAGAUUGCUAUGCUGAGUCCAUUUAUCCAAUACCCACUGUUGAGAAACCUCUUGUAGCUAUGGAUGAUCUUGUUGUUCUUCCUCCAAUUUGUAAGAAGCCACCUGGUAGGCCAAGGAAGAAUAGGAUCCCAUCUAGGGGUGAGAAGAUAAGACGAGCUCAUCUCUUAUGA